CGCGGCUCGCCGCAGUGCCGCAGCCGCCAGCCGCUCAUCCUCAGACCUCAGUAGCAGCCAAGAGCUCUUGGCGGGUGGAUAUACGCACCUCGCUCUGGUGGAAGCUGUGAGAGGUUGCGGUCACACUGAGAAAAGAAAGCUAAUCUCGGACUCUCUCAAGUGAGCGAUGUACGUGAGGACUCCUGAGUGAGGGACAAGACGCGUGGCAGGAGUGUGGUGGGUGUUGUAGUCACGUGGACAGCUUUCCUGAGGCCAAAAUGACAACUUUAGCGAGACUCUGGCGCCAGUAUGUGCCGGCAAGCUGUAGCGUGACCUGUAGAGCUACAUAUGGGGCGCUUCUGGUGAGCGGGUUGUGGUUCUACGCUACUCUUCUCUCCCACCACCGUGAAUUAUUGCUAUCUACACCGUGACUCUAAAUCCAGGUUACCCACAGACACACGGAGUGCCGCGUAUAGGUCUGGUGGGUCGUUGCAGCUUCCCUCAUCUCCUUACGGUCUUGUGUGGUGUCUGUGUGAUUCACUGGUCUGUACAAUGCACCUCUGAAGCCUCACGAGGACUUAGGAUGCGGGCAAGGUCAGAUGUAUGAGUAGGGUGAGUGAGUUGCUGGCAGUGGUGAGCCUCACGUCCACCUGUAUGCUGUUCCUGCACACCAGUCACCUGCAGAGCCAGCUGGCCACCUACACCAACCAGCUCGACGCUUCCGGCCCCGCCAGCACCUUCACCAAUGGGGCGCUGGAGGGCGUCGCGAACCACAUCAAGGGAGGCAGCCAGCAGAAAUCCGGCUCCUGCAAGAAUUACGAUUGGGAACAGUUUAGGCAUCUUGAGCCACUCAGCCUCAACAACACGGUACACCACAAGAAGAUGACGCUCGUGUUCAACCGCGUGCCCAAGGUCGGCAGCCAGAGUACCAUGGAGCUGCUGCGCACCCUCUCCUACAAGAACGGCUUCACCUUCCACAAGGACCGCCCGCAGAAGGUGGAGAAUAUCAAGCUGACGGAGAGAGAGCAGAAGCGACUGGUGCAGCUGGUGGACGUGUUCAGACCGCCCUCCGUCUACGUGAAGCAUGUGUGCUACAUCAACUUCACCACGUUUAACAUUACGCAGCCCAUCUACAUCAACAUGGUGAGGGACCCAGUGGAGCGCGUCAUCUCCUGGUACUACUACGUGAGGGCGCCUUGGUACUUCGUGGAGCGCAAGCAGGCGUUCCCUGAGCUACCCCUGCCCUCCCCAGCCUGGCUCAGGAAGGACUACGAGACGUGUGUGCGUACUGGUGACCGGGAGUGCCAGUACCGGGAAGGAGACGAACGACCAGACUUUGCACAGCUGACAGAGUUUUUCUGUGGCCAGGACAAGAAGUGCACGGGCUUCAAUACAGAUUAUGCACUGCAGAAGGCCAAGGAGAAUGUGGAGAGGAAUUAUGCAGUGGUUGGAGUGUUGGAGGACCUCAAUACAACCCUCACUGUGCUGGAACAUUAUGUCCCUAGGUUCUUCAAGGGUGCAAAAGACCAUUACUGGAAUGAAGUCCAGAAGUUCUCCAAGGUGAACCGCAACAUUUACAAACCUCAGGUGCCUCAGGAAGUGAAGGAGAUUGUGAGGAAAAACUUCACAAGGGAGAUGGAGUUUUAUGAGUUCUGCAGAAGACGUCUUUACAUGCAAUAUGCAGCACUGAAGCUCCCCCAGCAGGAGGACAAUUGCUGAUGAUAAAUACUGUGAUAGAGAGUGAGCUUGUAGUGACUUGUUUGUACAUGAGACCUUUCAGCCUAACAGGAAUCAAUGACUCUUCUUGCCUGGUAGGCAAGUUCAGGGUUCACUCCUAAAGAUGUACAACUGAGAGUUUAGAAAAGUUCUUGUAUUUGUUUGAGAUUGGUUAGUCUUUGGUUCCCAAGAAGGGGAACUAUGCCAGAAACAUCUGUGUUACUAGAUGGAGGCAGAUGUAGAGGUUGUGAGAUGAUACAGUGUAAUGUCUUGUCUUCCUAAAGAAAGUAUGCCUUGCCCUCAGGUUUUGCUUCACUGUCAGGUAAUGAGAGAGAGAGACCCAACAAAUUAAUCUUAGGAAAGGACAAUACCGCACAUUCACAAUGUUGUGCUUGGAGUCUUCCAGCCAAAACUGGUGAUGGUGAGUGAUUGGAGUGGCUACUCUCAAAUCACAAAGCUUCCUGAUUAAUUUGUGGUGGAUUCUCAUGUAUGGGAGCCAUGUGUUGAGUACUGGCUGUGGCACCAGUGAACCUCUGAUUUGUUGUGUCACAGGUCCCAGGCCCAGACCUGUCCUGAUUCAAGUGUGAGGGCUGACAAAAGAAUGCAUGGCACCUUUCUUUUUGUUUAACAUUUAUUAUCAACAAUUUUUUUUGUGUGUGUAAUCAUUCCAUUAUAUAUAUAAGGUAUAUUUCUCAUAUUGUAUGUAGGACUGUAUAUAUAUGUAUGUAGUUAUUUAUGGUUAUCCAGUGUAACACAAUACCUGUGAGACUUGAGAGAUUGUGUACAGUAUGUUACCAAGAGUACUGUUGUGAGUGUGGUGAUGAAACACUUUGUGUGGGUGUGGGUGGUCAUCUCUCAGCAGCACAGCAGUGCCUUAUGAUACACUGCAUCCUGUCACUGAGCCUCAGCAGGCUGAGGUUCAGUCUUUCCAUACAAACACGUUGCUUGCUUCACGGCAGGCCUGGAAGCCUCCUGUGAUGUGUUGGAGCAAACAUUCCCUGUGUGAGUGUGAGAAGCACCACAAGUGUCUUUGGGAGAAACAUUUUUUGUGCUGCUUCAUUUCAUUUGGUUAGAGGAACAUAUCUGCUCUAAAUUUCUUGCUGUUGCACUUUCAUGACAUAUAUUUUGCCUACAUACUUAAUUUUCAUUUCUAAAGUUUCACAUGAAGAUGAAUGUUUUCAUUUAUCAGUCAUACAUUGGAGAGAUAUCUUCAUAUUAUUGUUGCAUUUUGUGAUAUUUCUUAUGCACUUCAUACACUUGUAUAUUAUUUAUUGAGUUGUCACACAUCAUUCACCUUUCACUUUUCUGUUGUCAGUGUCACUAUGUUGGACUUCACUGCAUUCUUACCACUGUGAAUCAUUUGCUUUAUGUGUUGCACAGUUUAUGAACAUUUCAAAUGGUAUUGCUUAAAUGAUAACUUGGAAAUUGAAAGUUUACAAUUAUUCAAUGUAGUUACUUUCUCAACAAACAAAUUGAAAGUGUGGGACCAUUGCCAUCCCAGACUUAAGAAAUCACUGUGGCAACACUGGUGAAGUCCAGCACAUUGAAUGCUCUGUUAGUACUUCACCAGGAUAACUUAUGCUAGUGUCUGCUUCUGGGAUUCUGUGAUAGAUCUGCAAGAAAACAACUAUCUUCAAAAUAUCAAUCUUUAUAUAAAUUUUUAAUAAACUUUCUCAAAACAAGAACAUGCAUUCACAA